AUGAGUCCAAGUCCACGGCCUCCUCCGCCGAUUAGAGGACACCGGACGACUCUGUCACUAAAUGCACCAGUCGGCCUUGGGCGAUCGCACUCUGGCCCUGGUUCAUGGACUGAAGGACAUACUAAAGCUUCAAAGGUCGGGAGUGCUCACAAGCGUUCUGUUUCUAUCAUAUCAAUUGGGGCCAGCGAAGGAACCGUUGAUGAUGUUGCAAGCCAUGCCAGCACGGUGGACAAACCACGAAGGAUGCCGAGGGGACAUGGGCGCUCUGCGAGUUUGCAGAUAAUCUCGCGAAGGCAGGGCAUAAAUGGAGGUCCGCCACCAGCGCCACUCGGUCAGAGAUCCUCAACUCAUCCUCCACCUCUUCUUUCGUCCUCAACUUCUCCCGCUGCCAUAGAUGGAGCCCUACCUGAGAGACCUGCACGGCGCCAAGCUGGAAUAGCCACUGCGCCAAGUACACCUGGUCUUGGGCGAGGCCCAUUUACAAGGCGAGCUAUACCAGCAGUAUCCCCACAAGGAUUCAAAUUCCCCGCUACUUCACUCUCUUCCGCGGAUGAUCGAGCCCUUGACGUCCCCCGCGUCGAGGGAGUGGAUGACAGCGCUCUAGACCAAGAUCGUGGUCAAAUGCAAUCUUCACCAUCGAAAGAUACAAUACCGAGAAUUUCCGAACAAACAGUUCCGACUGCGAAGAUACUCUCACCAACUAGUAUUGCAGGAACCCCUCGAAGCAGUGGAGAAUUCUACUCGCUCAGCAAUCAUUCGACCGAGACUCUAGCAUCAGAGUAUUUGCCCCAACAUGCUGCGAGGACGUCCGCAUAUGGAGUGCAUAUGAGACGGCCUUCAAAUUUAGCCCCAGUAAAUCACCACCGCCCACCAGAGACCUUAAUGAUGGGCUACGCGCAGAUCCAUGGAUCUUUCACUCUUGACGGUUCUUUGAUUAGUCAAGCUCCAUUUGAGGAAGUGAAGCGAAAAGGUGCAGUUGGGGAACAAGGAGGGGGUGUGAUAGGAAUUGAGACCAGCAGAGGAAGUAGUCGUUUACUGCGAGGUUUCGGAUGGAGCAACAUUGGGGAAUCCAUUGGCAGUCUUCUGGGAGGCGGGGAGCUUAGCAGUAUUAAGGAUAUGCGAGGUAUCGCUAAUUCUCGAUCGAUACCACUGCUCUCGACGCCACAGUCGAUUCUGUUUGUCGACCUUCGUCUCGCACCUGGCGAAAGCAGGAGCUACAAGUAUUCUUUCAAACUACCCAAAGGUCUGCCACCCAGUCAUCGGGGUAAGGCAAUCAAAAUCUCCUACAGACUGAUUAUUGGUACACAGAGACCAGGCGGUGCCAAGGAGCAACAAGUGAAGUCCGUGGAAGUGCCAUUCCGGAUUCUAGGGAGUGUCAACAAUCAUGGAGAGCUUCUCGGGCAUGAUCUAAUGUCUCCUUACAUUAUGCUUCGAGAUCAAGCCCGCGUGAAAUUAAUCGAGACCCCGUCCGACACGAGCCUUGAGUCUGCGAAGGAUUUAAAGCAGAAAACCACUCCAGAGUUGAGCGACUCAACCUUGACUGGCUUUCUGUCGUACGUCGAUGAACUCCUCACAAAAACGCGGCAAAACUCCAAUCAUGGCCUCCUUUCACCUACGGAAGCACCGAUGUCUCGUCGUCAGUCUUCGACAGAAGAGCCUGCUUCUACGGCAAAGGAGGCUAUUGAUAUGGCAAUUCUCCGCAGCAAUACAGCAACAGAAUUCCAACAAAGUGCCAAUAGGUUUGAAAUUGCCCGUAGCGGACGACGAGUGGCCAUAGUCAUGCUGCCGAGACCGGCAUAUCGUCUUGGUGAGACGAUCACUGCCACUAUCGAGUUCACCAAUGCUGAGAUUCCAUGUUAUGCCAUUCAUGCAACAUUGGAAACAUCAGAGAAGGUCGAUAACUCCAUUGCCUUGCGCUCCGAGGCUAGUAUACUCCGUGUCACAAGAAAGAUUUACGUUUCCCAUUCAGAAUCAACGCUUUUUGCUCGACGGGUUCUCUUCUCACCGACGAUACCAGUCUCGGCUACUCCUGAGUUCGUUACCAGUGGAGUCAGUUUAGAAUGGCGCAUUAGGAUAGAAUUUGUCACUCCCCGGCUCUCUAGCGGAGAGAGCGAGAUACAUGAUGAGUACCCCAGCCUCCUUGAAGGGAUUUCCGAAGAUGAUCGAGGGGUAGUUUUAGCCGCGGCAGAGGUUCUUGAUUGUGAGAGCUUUGAAAUUGCGGUUCCCCUGACGGUGUAUGGCGCUUUGGCAGGGAAUACGGAGCAGGAUGAAGGCCCCCUAGAUGGCCUUGUUGUAUAA